AGAAGAAGAAUAAGACCAAACACAGCGAACAUCCUAGUAGGGGAAGGCAGAGAGAAGAAACAAAGAUGAGCAGCAUAGGCACUGGCUACGAUCUCUCCGUCACCACUUUCUCUCCCGACGGCCGCGUUUUCCAGAUCGAGUACGCCGCCAAAGCCGUCGAUAACAGCGGAACUGUGAUUGGAAUUAAAUGCAAAGAUGGGAUCGUUAUGGGAGUGGAGAAGCUGAUAGCAUCAAAGAUGAUGUUGCCUGGUUCUAAUCGAAGAAUCCACUCAGUCCAUCGUCAUUCCGGCAUGGCAGUUGCUGGAUUAGCAGCUGACGGUAGACAAAUUGUGGCUCGUGCUAAAUCUGAAGCUACCAAUUACCAAAGUGUGUAUGGUGAACCCAUCCCUGUCAAAGAACUUGCUGAACGUGUAGCAAGUUAUGUGCAUUUAUGUACCCUUUACUGGUGGCUCCGGCCCUUUGGCUGUGGCAUAAUUCUCGGUGGUUAUGAUAGAGAUGGUCCUCAAUUAUACAUGGUUGAACCAUCUGGCAUCUCUUAUAGAUACUUUGGUGCUGCAAUUGGGAAGGGAAAACAAGCUGCCAAAACAGAAAUUGAAAAGUUGAAUCUGUCCGAAAUGACAUGCAGAGAAGGGGUUAUUGAAGUAGCCAAAAUCAUCUACAAGGUACAUGAUGAAGCAAAGGAUAAGGCCUUUGAACUUGAGAUGAGUUGGGUCUGCGAUGAAUCAAAGCAACAACAUCAAAAGGUUCCUGAUGACCUGUUAGAGGAAGCGAAGGUUGCUGCUAGGACUGCACUAGAAGAGAUGGAUGCUGAUUAAAUUGUUAGUGAAGCCAGAAUAGUCUUUGUUAUUGAUAUUUUCAUCUUCAUGAAUCCCCAUUGUUAUGGUUUAAACUGUCCUCGUAUCAUUUUUCAUAUAAGAUCCCCGCUGACAAUUUUUUUUAGGAACAUGGAUUUCAAACAGAACUAUAAACUAUGCCUUUGUCACUUUUUAUUUAGGCUUCAACAGUGCAAACUAAGAAUUUACAAAAA